AUGGCUUCUGCGCCAACACCAGCUCCCUUGCCCACACAACCUUUGCUUUCUCACUUGGCAAGAUCCACCUUGGGUGCUGCAUUCGAUCCUCGUACCAUCUCUGCUUUGCCCUCGCCAUCCUCUUCCUCUCGGCCUGCUUCCAUCCACCACCGUGCCCACGUACAUCACCUCACCAUGUCGCCCUCGCCUUCGCAUUCCUUUGCCGAGAAUCCACGCGCAUUCAACAACAUCUCUUCAGCAUACAACAAGCGCAACGGCACCCCCAACACUGCCACCACCUCUCGAACAGCCUUGGCCUCGGACGAGGCGCUACAGCACUCCUAUGCAGCUCGCAAUUCGCCUCAGCGUAUGCCUUCGCAUACCGCGCCUCUACCGCCGCACCGUCCGCUUGAUCCCAUCCAGAGUCGCGUCUAUGGUCUCACAGCAGACUUGCGUGAGCCCAGCACACCGGCUGUCCACGCUCCAGCACUCGACGAUGCCACCCGCAUGGCGCGUCUGCUCAACGAGCAGAAACCCAACUUUAGCGUCGAGGUCUUUGCCUCGUCCUUUGAUAACCGUGGCUAUCCAGUCAUCUCGGGUCGCGCCGCCACUGUACGCGGAAUUGUACGCAUGCCCGCCGCCACCGGCUGCGACGUUCUCAUGACCAUCUCGGCGCAUACAACCUCUGGAUCGCCCGCAGCCGUGUGGCAAGGCAUCGCACUGGCACCCUACUCGGCCGGCGGCGAAAAGACUGUCUUUGAGAUCAAGGAUCGUCUUGUCGCCAAUUACGACCUUGUCAGGCCACGCGCCGCCUAUGCACCCAAGAACGAAGAGAUGAUGGAGCCGCCGCAGCUCUCCCAGGAUGAUCUCGUGCUACCCAUCCCUUUCCAAGUCCAGUUGCCACUCGGCAAAUCCACGCGCUUCAUCGACGGUGAAAUGCAGGCUGUCCCCGUCUCGCUUCCACCCAGCUUUGAGAUCAGCUCGAAACACGCUGCGCAGGAAAAGCGCGACAUACGUUUGGCGACCAAGGGCAAGGCCAAAGUGCCCUUGGCCAAGGAACUCAUCGAAAAGGGUUUCAGCAAGGUGUAUCGCAUCGGCUGUUACUAUCAAGUCACCUGGACCCUCAUUCGAUCCAACAAGGACAAGUCGAAAAAGUUUUCGAGCAAGUCGUCCAGGGAACCUGCCGAGGGCGACUCGUUGACGCUACCCUUUAUCUUUCUCGGCGAGCCAACGAGCCUGCCACCUCAUCCGCCUACCUUGCCAUCUUCGAUCAGCCCAGAUGUAUUUCUGCUCCCAGACACAACGUUGGGCGAUCAGUGGACUCUGCAUCGAUCCCAAGCAAAGUGGUCCGGAUCCAUGUUGAAAGCGUCUAGGAAGACGGUCGAGGUGGAGCUCCACAUGCCCAAUCCACCCGUGCUCCAGGCGCCUUCAGUGUUGCCGUUGAUGGUCGUCUUGCGACCCACUGAUCCGACGCUGCUCUCGAACGUGCGCACAAGAGCUCCGAGCGAGACCUCGACAGCGCCCGGUUCUCCUGCCGUUGGACAGGUCGACGACCCCAUCGAAAGCAUGUCUUCCCCCACCAUGGCCUCGACCGCGUCCACCAUGGCUGCAUCGCCGCCUUUGUCUCAGCCUUUGCAGCAGCGCGAUGCUGACACCGAAUCGAUCAAGACAUCACGCAGCAUCAUGUCGAGAUUCAUCAAGCCUUCCGCCAGCUUGGCGCGCUUCCCAGCCUCGUCCUCUCGCAAGGGACCAUCGAGCAUUUUUAGCGGUCGACGACCCAACACGGCUCCCAGCUCCGGUAGCUCCGAGACGGGCAUGACGGAUGCCAUGACCGAUCGAACCUUUGUUGCUGCAGGUGCUCUUCCAGAUCUGGUGAGCUUGGUGUGUGUCUCGCUGAUUCAGACGACGUUUAGCAGCAACGACAACAUCAACGAUGGACCAGAACAUCGCAGAAAGUUGCUCUCCGUCGCCGAUCUCGAAGAAGUGGACGUGCACGCGUUACUCGUCAACUCGGACUCUUCGGGUAGCCAGGCAGGUUCUCGACCGGGCUCAAGCAGGUCGCCGGAAGACAUGGCGCAGAUCAACGAGGCGGCAGCCGCUGCGAAAGCUGCCGGCGUGCGUGUGCUGGUGGGCUCGUUGAAGGUGGCCGGCAGCACACCGCCCAGUUUCCGCUGUCACGGGUUGGAAGUCAAGUAUGCGCUCAAGGUGGAUCUCUUGCCUGCGAAUCGGUACGGCGGUAGCGAUGGUGUAGAGAAGGCGAUGCGCAGUCUAGGUAUCGGUGGUAGAAGUCGUGGAUUUUCGGAUGGCAUAAGCACUACAGCUUCGAUGCACACACAGACGCAGUUCACUUCGCUCUCUGGCGAUGCAAACAGCCCACCGACGACGCCGCCGAACCUCAUGUCGCCAGUCAUGUUUGGCACGCGCUCGCCCGAAGGUCCUGCUUCGCGCGCGUUCUCGCGCACCACCGGCAGCCGAAACGCGUCGCCUCUGAAUGGUCAGAAUGUCGGAAUGGCCAUCUCUACGACGGACGAAAGCGCAGUAACUGCCGACGCAGCUGAAGCACACGAACAUGGACGUGCGCCCAUCGCACCUUACCCCAACGCCUACCCGCAACACCAGCUGCCACAGCAGACUACUAGACCAACCGCGUCCGUCUACAGCUCUGUCAGGUCAGGCUGGGGAAGCGCCUCCAUGUCUGACGCUUCAGGCAUGCAGAGUAGCAUCUACAUGAGCGAAUGGGGUAGGGACAGGAAGACCGUAAGCAAGAUCAACAAGACCAUCGGCGAGAUGUGGCUGGAUAUACGGCUGGUCAGGGGAUAUGGCGCGUAUUGA